GGGAGGAGGGGGGAGGGGAGGGUACCCAGGUAUCCGGCCCCCUCUUGGACCCCUUCCAGGCCCCAGGGGUCUCCACCCCAGCCCAACUCCAGGGCCCCAAAGAGGGGAGGGGCUGUGAUCCUGGGUCUGGAAGAGGCUGAGCUGUGAGCUAUAAAGGGGGCAUCACUCAGCAGUGGGGGACUCCAGGCAGCGUGAUCUGAAGCCAAACAGGACUACUCCAUGUACCAUCCACGGGAAUUGUACCCCUCCCUGGGGACUGGCUACCGCCUUGGGCCCCCUCAGCCUGGGGCAGAUUCCAACUUCCCACCCGCCCUGGCAGAGGGCUACCACUAUCCCGAUCUGGACACUCCUAAACUGGAUUGCUUCCUCUCCGGGAUUGAGGCUGCUCCCCGCACCCUGGCUGCUCCUCCACCUCUGCCCCCAGCCCUGGGCACUGAGCCAGCCCCACCAGCCCCAGAGGCCCUUCAUUCACUCCCUGGCGUCAGCCUGAGCCUGGAGAACCGGGAGCUGUGGAAAGAGUUCAACUCCGUGGGAACAGAGAUGAUCAUCACCAAAGCUGGGAGGCGCAUGUUUCCUGCUUGCCGGGUAUCUGUCACCGGCCUGGACCCCGAGGCUCGCUACCUGUUUCUUCUCGAUGUGAUUCCAGUGGAUGGGGCUCGCUACCGCUGGCAGGGCCGGCGCUGGGAGCCCAGCGGCAAGGCGGAGCCCCGCCUGCCUGACCGUGUCUACAUUCAUCCUGACUCUCCUGCCACUGGUGCCCACUGGAUGCGGCAACCUGUGUCUUUCCAUCGUGUCAAGCUCACCAACAGCACACUGGACCCCCAUGGCCAUCUGAUCUUGCACUCCAUGCACAAGUAUCAGCCCCGUGUACACUUGGUGCGGGCCGCCCAGCUUUGCAGCCAACACUGGGGGGGCGUUGCCUCCUUCCGCUUCCCUGAAACCAUGUUCAUCUCCGUGACAGCCUACCAGAACCCACGGAUCACACAACUGAAGAUUGCGGCCAACCCCUUCGCCAAGGGCUUCCGGGAGAACGGCAGAAACUGUAAGAGGGAGCGAGAUGCCCGUGUGAAGAGGAAACUACGGGGCCCAGAGCCAGUAGCCACAGAGGCCUAUGGGAGUGGAGAUGCACCAGGUGGUCCCUGUGAUUCCACAUUGGGUGGGGAUAUUCGUGAGUCAGAUCCAGAGCAGGCCCCAGCCCCUGGGGAAGCUGCCCCUGCCUCAGCUCCUCCAUGUGGUGGCCCCAGUGCUGAGGCCUACCUUCUGCACCCUGCAGCUUUCCACGGGGCCCCUGGUCACCUUCCAACCAGGAACCCCAGCUUCCCUGAGGCUCCAGACUCUGGGCACCCAGCCCCCUACUCAGCUGCAUUCCUGGAGCUGCAGCCCGGGCCAGGGGCCUCAGGAUACCCAGGAGCUCCCCCAGCACCCUUUGCCUCGCAUUUCCUCCAAGGGGGCCCCUUCCCCCUACCUUACCCUGGACCUGGGGCUUACCUCGACGUAGGCUCCAAACCAAUGUACUGAGCUAUUGCGAGGCCCCUUUGCCUCCCUCCUUGUCUUCCAUUACAAACCUCCAGUUCCCUUCCCCCAGGCCUAUAGCCCCACUUCCACUGGCCCCAUCCCCCACACCAAAUGGCUGCGUUGGGCCUCUCCUCUCCACUUCACACUUUGAUUUCACUCCCACCCCCCUCUGGCUUCAAAGCUCUGGCUAAGCUGCCGAGAGUCCAGCUGGGGCCAGCUUCCCCUUCCCAGCUCUCACCUCUCACCUCCGUGUGAAUGGAGGGAGGCUCUGCCUAGCCAAAUGGGCGUCGGACCAGCGCUCCCACCUCCCGGGCCUCACCCUUGGGCUCCUCACCCUGUCUCUUCUCAUCACCAGAGUAUUUUUGUUAAUAAAACUCUAAAGACACUGGUGCUCUGGAAACAUUGGGCUAAUGGUGUUUGCCAUUGGGCGGUGCUAGGUGAGCAAAGGUUUCGUGGGGAGACCCAGGCCCGGACCCAGACUUGCCAUUUCCAGUUGCUUGACCUUGUGCACAUAAAUCAACCUGAUCUGGGCCUGUUUCCUCUUCAGGAAAAUCAAUGUCCUGACAUUCACCGUUUUGAAAAUUAAAACAGGCCUCUGAGGACCCAGCCCUCUACCUGGCACUCAGGAAGCCCUCAGGAGAGGUCGCUGUCACUGGAUGGGGACCAGGAGGCUUUAGGCAAGUUGACCGGCCUG